AUGGCAACUGAGGUGUGGGGAGUUAGAGACAAGGAAUGCUUGGUCAUCAGUUCCAACGGACUCAUACUCGUCAUCAUGAUAUUAGUUGUACUGGGGAAUAUCUUCAACAUCACAGUUUUGAUGCGUACUAAAACCCUGCGCAACAACCCUGGAUUCUUCAUGUUAAACUUAGCUAUCACGGACUUGGCAUUAGGAGUGGAGGGAUUAAGUGGGACGUUUUACCAUGCUGCAUUAGGGAUAUGGCCAAUCAACCACACAAGUGCCAGCAUGCAUGGGCUGUUUGGGCAGAUGUUUCUCGGUGUUUCGGCGACAACGCUAGCAGCUGUUAGCAUCGACCGCUACAUCGCGAUCAGUCGGCCUCUUAUCUAUCACACUGUCAUGACGAUAAAAACAUGUAUCAUUAUGAUGAUCGUAGUUUGGCUGUCGAAUUUGCUUGUUGUGCUAAUCCCGAUCUUUGGAUACGGCAGGUAUGAAUUCAAUCCUAAUACGUAUCUAUGCCAUACAGAUUUCCGGAGUUUUCGAAUUCUUCUAUUCGUUGACUUUGGCAUACAGAUUAUGCCAGCGACUGCAGUUAUCACAUUCUGUUACUGGCGCAUCUUUUUGAUAUCAAAACGGGCACAUGAAGACAUUGCAAAAUUGAACAUUGGAGCAACUUAUAAACAAAAACCAAAGAAAAAUGCAAUGAAAGCUGUACGGACCAUAGGAAUAACUGUAGUUGCUUAUUACAUUAGUUGGAUGCCAUUUAGUAUCUUACAGUUAAUCAACGCAUUCACUGUUGUCAAUUUCCCAAAGGUGAUGGACUUCUCCAUCAGUUUUUUAGGCAUAAGUAAUAGUUUCAUGAACUGCAUCAUAUACUGUAUAACCCAUCGUGAUUUUUAUCGUGGAGCAAAGGAUUUGAUGUGUUGUCUCUGCAAUAGGAAUCGUGUGGGGAGUUUCGACAGCGGCGAAGCUUCCUCUCACUCGGAUCAAUCAAAAGGACAAAACAGAAGAUGGGCAAACAGCAAGACAUAG